AUGCUUUCCGCGCGCUGGUCUGAACAGCACUCGCGCCUUCCACCCCACUCUCGCCAUCAUAACAACACCUCGGCAACCAACAUCGCCUCAGUUUCUGACGGCAUUGUCCCUAGAGUUGUCACCAUCACUGACAAUCACGACUUGACCCUCCGCGCCACCGAGUACACCGAGCCGCUCAAGGCCGGUGAAGACGGCCGUGACAAGAUCAAUGCUGUAGUUGACUUCCACGUCACCCGUCAGACUCUGAUUGAGAACUCCGAGUCUGAUCUCAUGAAGAAGCUCUUGACGACCUCUGAGUUCGCGAAGGCAGGCAAAGGCACCAUCAACCUUGACGAACACGAUCCUCGUGCCGUCGAAGUCAUCCUCUGCGCCGUGUACCGUAAGGACGAGAUCUGGAAGUCAUCUGUCCUCGGUANNGAGAUCAUCGCACGCAGCCUCGAUCUUGACUGGGAGGACUUGUGGGAACUUGUCGUCUCCAACCGCUUUCUCAAGAUAAAGUCUCUUUACCUCAACGAAUGGUUUGGAGCCUGGUAUGAAAGACAUGGCCGCUACCACGAACGUGGCUCCAACCUGUUGUAUCCAUGCUUCGUCUUCAAUCACGCCAAAGGCUUCAUGACAAUCACCAAGAAGAUGGUCCACGACGACCCUCACAAUAUCGAGGAGCACAAGAGCAAGGAGCAUAAGAGCCAGAAGCACCCUGAUCUGCGCGUUCCACCUCGCGUCUUUAGUAAGNUAUCGCAUCCAUCAGAUUGUUUGAUCCCACUAACGGUAGAUACAGGCGCCCUUAAUCAAGCUCGUGGCUAUCUUAGAGAUUCUCUCUUUAAAAUGAUUUGGAACCCAAUCAGUGAUGUGCUGGAGUCUUCGUGCAGCUGUAAGGAAGACACUUCCUUCCAGUACUUCAAGGCUCUCAAAAACACUGAAGGAUAUCCCAUUGACCAGCAGAGGUACAAGUCGGUCAACAAAGUCUGUCAGGACCUUGACAGCUUCUCUGGACAGCUGAGCUUGUCCAAGUCUCGCAACAAGUGCCACAAGUGUCGUAAAGACUGGGUCGAGGUCGUGGUGACCGCAAUCAGGGAGGCCAGAACGCGCUUCGAUGGUUUAUGCCUUGAUUGCACGAACCAUACGGAGCACAGGUUCCUUGAAGAUGACAGUGAGUACUGGGGAUACGUUGCGGCCAAGCAGUGGUCCAAGCACUGCCGUGUCUCGCACGAUCAAUCCUCCUGGUAUUCGUCCUUCAACACGAGAGACUGGCUGCUCAAGCGUGACAGAGUUGGCACAAACCGCCAACACUCGGCGUAG